GAGGAUCACUCGUCACAUUCGCGAUGUGGUCCAGCGGAAAGGUAUGGCGCUGACAAAUGUUGAAUCGUAUCUCCGUUGUUAAGUUGGACCUGCAGCCGUAGACGACGUUCCUUGCAUGAAAUCUACGCCGCAUUGAAAGUAGAGCUCGUAGGUCAGGUAACUCUGUGCAUACCGUGGCAGCAUGGUGAGACGAGAAGGCUAGCAGUGUAUCGUAGACACUAUAAAUCCAUCGUGCUCCAUUCUUGCUGAUUCUGACAAUCAUCCUUUCCCCUACCUUUUCUCUCACAUCUCGGCAUCGUCAAUCUACAAUUCAACAGCCAUGGCAACAUACCUCAUCACUGGCGGCGCUCGCGGUCUAGGCCUCGCGCUGACCAAACAUCUCGUCGCUCUGCCUGCGUCUCAAGUCUCCAAGGUCAUCGUCUCUGUUCGCAAACCUUCCACCGAUCUGGACCUUGUCGCCAAAAGUUCCUCUGGCCGUGUAAAUGUUGUUCAGUUCGAUGUUGCCAACGAAUCUUCUAUCCAGAAGGCGCUGCCUGCGGUCGAAGCGGCGCUAGGUGGAAAGGGUCUGGAUGUUCUCAUCAACAAUGCUGGAAUUGCGCAGUACGCCGAGAACGGCACCAAGUCGAUGGACACUCUUCUCGAAAGCCUGCAAGUCAACGUCCUCGGCAUCCACUGGGUCACCCGGACGUUCCUCCCACUCUUGGAAAAGGGCCAGCUCAAGAAGGUCGCCAACAUCUCCACUACUCUCGGCUCGAUUGCCUUCGCUCCGACUUUCACCUGGGCAAGCUGCCCGGCGUAUAAGAUCUCCAAAGCCGCGCUUAACAGCCUCACCGUCCAAUACAGCCUCGAUCAUGCUAAGGAUGGCUUCACCUUCGUCGCCAUCUCACCCGGUUGGCUCAAGACCGAACUUGGCGGCGGCGAUAUGGCCGAUCUCCUCCCGGAGCAAGGCGCCAAAGGAACCCUUGAAAUCAUCGGUCGGCCAAACUCCGAGACCAACGGAAAGUUCGUCAAGGUCUUUGUCGAGGGUUGGGACAAUGCUGAUCGACUGCAUGUGUAUGAUGGAAAGGAGGCACCUUGGUGAAAAGUAUUGUGAAAGGCCGAUUGGAGGAAAGAAAAGGAAAGAGCGACGACAAGGUGUAAUGAUGGAGCUUCUGGUGAGAAUGCCAUACGUGUGGAGCUCUUCUUCCGUGCUGUAACGGUACAGCCAUCAUUGCUGCAAUACGUCUUACAAACCGAGUCCUUCAUACGCUCUCCAGACAGUCAUAUAUAGAUGAUUCAUCAAAUGAGACAUGAUGAUCAAUGUCAAAUAGGAACACAUAUGUGCAGGUGUGCAUAAAGAUCAAUGAUCCAAU